AUGCCGAAAGGCAGGAAGAAUCGCGCUGGUCGGAAGACCUCGAUUCGUCAUUUGGAGUAUGAUCUCCACGUGGCAUCCAUCUUCGACCAUAAUGAGGCCAUCGGCGAGAUUACCAGGUUCGGAGAGUACGAGCUCCUGGUGCACGACAGGCUUUGGACGACCGGCCCCGUCAGCGUGCCUGCCGCUUCGACGAGCGAACUCCAAUUCCGGCCUCGGAUCUCCCUCGAGGAGUACCUGCCUGUAUCUUCCAAUAGUAGUAGUAGUAGUAGUAGUAGUAGUGGUAGUGAUAGUGAUAGUGGUAGUGAUAGUGAUAGUGGUAGUGAUAGUGAUAGUGGUAGUGGUAGUGGUAGUGGUAGUGGUAGUGAUAGUGGUAGUGUUAGUGGUAGUGGUAGUGGUAAUGGUAGUGGUACUGGUAAUGGUAGUAGCAGUAGUAGUAUCUACCCCCUUGGGUUUAGAAUUCUCCUGUUACAUGUUUAUGUCUAA